CAGCACGACACACUCGAGUCGGCGACAUUGUUGAGUGUUACAGUGUGAAAUAUACAUCAGUUUCUUGGAGCUUAAUACAGUAACAUCUUUAAAAGUGUUUAGAAUUCUUCAAUAAUUACUCGAUUUAGGUUUGUAAAUCAACCUACCGGAACUGUUCCGAACUAGCUGUUUCUCGCCUGUCUCAACGUCAACAGUUAGCAGCGUGAGAAACAACUUCAAGGGAUAAAGUGAUUUUUGAAGGAAAUAAAUAUUUAAUAUCUGUUUCAAGUGUAAAAGAAAUGUGUGCUCGAUCGAUAACUGACGAAGAAACAAACAUCAGCGCUGUUCAGGAAACACAGCCACGGGAUUUGAAGAAACAAAACAUACGAGCGAUGAAACCGCGCAGUGAGGCAAACGGCCACGUUUUUAAAACGGAAGAAGUACGUGCUCUGCCAGAGACCAGUUCUCCAUUCUACAGGGACAUUCUCGCAGUCGUAACUGAGAAGCAACGUGUCUUUGUCUGGGCGGUGUACGACUGUUUUGGAAAAUGGCAGCAGACAAAAUCCUACAAAAUUCUGUUUCGAACAACGCAGCCAGCACACGUGCUCAUGAUCGUCGCAGUGACCACUAUAGCGAUGCUGUUGAAUCCAUCAAAGAGCAGAAGUGACGUCCACACAAAACCAUCCACAUUCAUUAGUCUGGUUUACCUGUCCGCCUUCAUGAUGCACUUUGGAGCGCAAAUGUGGAUGACUUUCGUCUCAGGUCUGUCAUUGUAUUUUGCGGUUCCACGACACACAUUUGGGGAAGUUCAGCAAGUUCUAUUCCCAAGAUACUUUGGACUCAACAGCAUCUUAAGCCUGGUCACACUUGUCAUUUUUGUCAAACUUCAUCCUACCAAUACAUGGGACGCUCACUUAGCUUUACAGGUCGGUGCUAUGGCCGUGUGCUUUCUCGUCGAACUUCUGAUCCGCUUGUACUUGGCUCCACCGCUUCUGAGCCUCAUUGCAGCCAAGAUUGCAAUGGAGAAGGCGGCAGGAGUUGGCACGGAGGUUGGCCGACACGAUCCCGGCCCACUGGCCAAAUGUCCGCACUACAUCAAGGUUCACAAGGCCUUCCGUAAGGUUCAUAUGUCAAUCGCCAUCGGGAACUUGAUGUCUAUGGUGUGCACUGCCUUGCAUCUGCUGUAUUUGGCCAACAAGCUCAGCGUACUCUAACGCCAUCCGUUCUGUAGGAGGUACUCCACCGUGCCCAAUAUUUGGGCCAAUUUGGACUGCUUUCGUAGAUCUGCGACUUCAUCCAUAUCCACCGUUCAUUUUUGAUCGUUACAAUUAAGUACUCAUCUCAUUAGCGUUAUAUUUAUUUACGUAUUUAAUUAUAGUAACAUUUAAAUAAUCGUCACAGAAGAUCUUAAUACACCACGAAAGAAAAGUUGUGUUUACGUUAUAAUUUUUUUAAAAAAAAUCAAAUUAAGCCAUAAAAUAAUACAUUAAAAAUCAAGAAAAGUGUCUUUUUAUAUUAAAAAGCACAUUUAUCAAUAAAAUCAGCUUUUCUUUCAAGUUUAUAUCGUAUUUCCAUCUUCUUUGACAGAAAACUACAGGGCUCGAUUUUUUUUAAAUUUUCGGGAACACGAAAAUAAUCAAAGAAAAUUUUUAUUUAUGAUUAAAAAAAAUUAAAAUUCAAGCUUGCUUCUUCACGCUGAAGAUAGAACACACGAUCAAUCGAGCCCUGAUUACACGUUCUCUCAUCGUACACGUCGGUCUGUACUGCACGAGUCCGCUAAAUAUCUUGCCAGAUAAAAUGGAUUUCGCACGCAGAUGCCUAGUUAUCUUAAUGGAAAUUAACAUCUCUGACAAUCCGAAUGGAACAGUGCUAUGAUAUUACUGCGGGCAACAAUUUUAAAUUCGAAGUCGUUAAAUAAAUACUCAGUAUCUCAGAUGUAAGACAAUUCCUUAACAUAAAAUUUUGGUUCCAUAAUAUUACGGUACAUUUCUAAGAAAAUAAUUUCCAUAAUUAAAGCCAUUAUGGCAAAGAUAUUGUUCGUUGCUCAUUACAUAUUCUUUUAUUUUUAAAUAUAGAAGAAAUUUGUGGAACUGAAGAUAAGAAUGUAAACUAUAACCAUCUUGCCAGAAAUUUAUCAUACGUAAAUUACUAACAUUAAAAUUUUUUUAAUUCUGUCCUCGGGUGAAUUUCAUCUUUGGUGAAAAUCCUGAUAACGCUGACUAAACCGUACUUUAUUUUUUUUUGUAAAAUUCGUGAAGUUUAUGUUCGUUUGUAAACACGUUAUCGGAUUUUUAUUUAAACACGUGUAGAUACGAGAGUACGUUUUUAUUCCUAAACUUUCGAUACUCCUGAAUUUACUAGUACGUUUCAUGUGACUGCCGUAGGAUAUAAAGUUGCUUUAGUAUCUUACGAAAGUAAGUUUAUCUGCUAUUUCUCAACACUGACUUAGACGAUAUACAACUGCAGUCAGCAACAAGACUGAAUUUCACAUUAAUUAAAAUUAAUACAAUAAUUCACUGCAUCCGUUACGUUUGAUGCAUAAACUAUUGAAUACAUUACAAUUCCUGUUAUUUUUUUUUGCAAAACAUCCCAGUAAUAUAGUACAGUUUAUAGAAAUAUUAACAUUAUAGAGUUAGACUACAAGUUCAUUAUAGAAAAUGAGACAUUAAACUCGUACGUAUAAUGCGUGUGAUUUUCAGUUUUUUAGUUCAAAAAAUUUGAACGCUGCUUUACGUUCAUCACCGCGUCAAUAAAAACUACAAAAAAAUCUUGAAUGGUGUAAGAUUUGAGAUUUUCACAGCGACGAGUAUGAAGAUUUCCGUCUUCUGGGUUGUUGCGCCGUGUAGUCCGGUCGAUGUUAAUCAACGUUUCAGAGGUCAUACUGCCUCCGUCAUCACGGUGACAACCCAGAAGACAGAAAUCAUCAUCUUGAAUAGUCUCUUGGGCUGUGAUAAACUUUUUUUUUUAUUUAUAUUAAGCAGCCUAAUAAACAUUAAUAAAUCCUGUAGAUACUGGUUUCAAUCUCGCAAAAUAUUAAGAACAUGUAACUAAUAAUUCAGGAAAUAACUGCGUCUUUCAAAUUGCCGGCUCUAGUCAAGACAAUUAUCAUUCUCAAAUAAAAAGUUAAAAGAUUAGUCUACUUCAUGUAGCAAUUCUAGUAUUGUGCGUGUCGAUUUAAACUACUGUUAACGCGCUACACGCAAAUCAUUCAUAUGUGCAGUAUUAUGUAUUUCAUACUGUGUAUGUUUAUUUAUAUAUUUCAUCGGACAUCGCAUAAUCACGCGAGAGUUCUAACCUGUGACGAAAUGUUUAUUUUUUAUCGGGGCAAAUGUUAAGAAUGACCGAGAUGCUUAAUUUAAUUUAACGGUACAGAAAGCAAGACUUCUGUUUAGAAGUCAACGGACUGACUUUAUUCAUUCAUUAAAGUACCGCCAACCUUCGGGUUCAAAUCAUGUAAAUAAACGUAAUGAUAUAUGACGAACGCACAAAAUAAAUGUAUCUGAACAUUAAAAUAUUUCAACAAUAA